AUGCUGGUGGAAAAAUCAAUAGGAGAUUGGGAUGCGCUAGUCAGUGGUGUGGUGAAGCAUAAAAUGAGUCCAGGAAGGGGGGGGGAGAAGGGAUUUGUGGAGGAGUGGAGGGUUGAUUUGUUCAGCAAUUGGAGUGUGAUUAUGAUUAUGAGUUUGAGUUGA